AUGAGUAAUAACUUGGAAACCCGGAUCAAUCAGGGAUUCAAGUUAAAUCCGACCGGAGAGAAGCUGAUCAGUGACUACCUGAUUCCGUGGGUGACGGGACAGAAUCCGAUAUGGAACGGCGUCGUUGAGAAGGCGAUCUACGGCGACUCCUCCCCGUGGGAGAUUUUCAGCGACAUCGAGUCGCGUUGGCACUCGAAGAUGGAGGAAAAGGGCGCCAUUAAGUAUACCGUCUUCGCCUUCGCUAAGCUGGCGAGGGCUCGAAAUUCCAAGAGGUUUUGUCGAAGAGCCGGGAGAGGCACGUGGGACGGCCAAACGGGCCCCACGAUGAUCAAAAACUCCGACACCGGAUGCAUCAUUGGGCAUUCGAAGAUGCUAGUGUACGGGCAAUCAGGCGAGGCGGACGUCGGGGUCGGGCAUUGGAUAAUGCAUCAGUAUUCUCUUAGUGAGGAAUCGGUUAAGAAGAGCGGCCGAGCAAACGCCGCCGAUCUUGUCGUGUGUAAGAUCACUAAAGUUGUCAAGAAGAAGGACAAAUCCGAUCACAACACAAAUCAGUUACCGGCGGCGAUUGGUUACCGUGACUUUAAUGAUGCUAUGGCUGUGCAAUCAGAGUCGAAUGGCGAGAGUUGCAAUCUUGUGAGAUUCGCGCCGAAAACAAAUGAGGGAAUUUUUAACGGUGACUAUCAAGUCCAAUGUGCGCAACCAGAAUCGUACGACGAUGGUUCAAAUUAUGAAAGAUUUGCACCGGACACAUAUCAGUCACCGGCGGCGAUUGGUUACGGUGACUGUAAUGAUGCUAUGGCUAUGCAACCGGAGUCAAAUUGCGAGAGUUGCAAUUUUGGAAUUUUUAACGGUGACUAUCAAGUCCAAUGUGCGCAACCGAUAUCGUACGACGAUGGUUUAAAUUAUGAAAGAUUUUUGCCGGACACGAAUGAGCCUACAAUUCCAGUUCCGGCCUCCCCAACUCUAUCAAUGAAGAGGGUGGCGGAGGUCGAUCUUCUUCGAAAUGGAGAGGAUUCGGAUAUGAAGAGACAUGAAAUUCGACGGCGGAGAAUUUUCAGAUGCUAG